AUGUUCGUUCAAGCAAAAAAGUGCUUGCUUGAGCGAAUAAAUUAUGAAGAACAUUCUCAACUUGUUUCGAAUAAAGGUGCCCCCAGGAUUGAGUGUUCCCGCUCUGCUUCAAUUCGAGUUGUUGCGAUGGGAGCUCAAGAGAAAUCACAGGCUAAUACUAAUUCGAUGCAGGCAAGCUUCUCUGUUCGUGUCAAGGUAUAUCGUCUGAAUGAUGAAGGGAAAUGGGAUGACCAGGGUACAGGACACGUCACAGUUGAUUAUUUAGAGCUUUCACUAGUGAUUGACUUGCCUAUCACUAAGAAACCUUUAAAGCGAUCAGAAGAGCUGGGCUUAUUUGUUUAUGAUGAGGACGAUAAUGAGACCAUACUUUUACAUCGCAUCAGUUCUGAUGAUAUUUAUAGGAAACAAGAAGAUACAAUCAUCUCAUGGAGAGAUCCAGAAUAUGCUACAGAACUGGCACUUAGCUUUCAAGAUCCUAGUGGUGAGCCAUUUCAUGGUGUCAACAGUGAACCAAGGGAGUUGCCUGCUGUUGAGCUGUCAACACUUCCUUUGAUUCUAAAGACUGUGGUUGACAGUGGCUUUGCAGAUCAGUUGCGGCUUUCAGAACUGAUAUCAAGUGAUCAAGAGUUUUUUCGGAAGCUGAUGGAAGUAUUCAGAAUGUGUGAAGACUUGGAAAAUAUUGAUGGCCUUCAUAUGAUUUUCAAAAUAGUCAAAGGGAUCGUUUUGCUAAAUAGUCCAUUGAUUUUUGAGAGAAUAUUUAGUGAUGACUUUAUAGUGGACAUUAUUGGUGCCCUCGAGUAUGAUCCAGAGCUUCCUCAUGUUCAACAUCAUCGUAAAUUCUUAAAGGAGCAUGUUGUUUUUAAGGAGGCCAUACCUAUAAAAGAUCCCAUUGUGUUGUCAAAGAUACAUCAGACAUAUAGAGUUGGUUUUUUGAAGGAUGUUGUUCUGGCUAGAUUAUUGGAUGAGGGUGUUGGUGCAAAUCUUAACGCUAUAAUACAUUCAAACAAUGCCUAUGUUGUCUCUUUGUUGAAGGAUGACAGUACAUUUAUCCAGGAGUUGUUUGCUAGGUUAAAAUCACCCACCACGUCUCAAGAAUCAAAGAAGAAUUUGGUAAGCCAUGUUGAAGAUAUUGUUGAAUUUGCUUUUCUUUGUCUAUACUUGGAGGAAAGCUAUUCCCCUUGCAAGCCUCAUCACCUCCCAAUACAAGUUUUAGAAGAGGCUUUAAUGAAAGAGAGAUGGUUUACUGAUAGAGUUCAGAGCAAAGUAGUCGGAACCAGUGUUACUAAAGCUGAGCUUGGUCAGCUGGACUGGGAUCUAAUGAAUGAAGGUAUCUUUGAUGUUGUCACCGAUGUCUUGCAAAAUCAAGACAAGAAGCUUGUGCUAACUGGAACAGAUAUCCUUAUUCUUUUCUUGAAUCAAGAUCCUAAUCUCUUGCGAUCCUAUUUUGUUCGACAGGAAGGAUUUGCGCUUCUAGGACUUUUGGACAAAACUCAUACAGCAUCUUUGGUUAAAGGAAUGCUAACAGAUUUUGGGGACAACAUGCACUGCCAGUUUCUUGAAAUUCUUCGCAAUUUAUUGGAUUCAUGUACAUUGUCUGGACCACAGAGGGACACUAUUAUUGAUAUAUUCUUUGAGAGGCAUUUGGGGCAAUUGAUUGAGGUUAUUACAGCAUCUUGUCCUUCAGAAAAUACUUCUGGUGAAAGUGAUAAAUCAAUAGGUCCUGGACGAAGUGUUCAGUGUCAGAAUGAAACAAAGCCGGAGAUACUAUCGAACAUAUGUGAAUUACUAUGCUUUUGUGUCCUACAUCAUCCAUACAGAAUAAAGUGUAACUUUCUUCUUAAUAAUGUAUUUGAAAAAAUAUUGCUGUUGACACGAAGAGCUGAAAGAUACUUAGUUGUUGGUGCUGUCCGGUUUGUUCGAACUAUUCUGUCGCGCCAUAUUUGGAGUGUUAACCUGCAGGAUGAGCAUUUGAUAAAUUAUGUUGUUAGGAAUAAUGUUCUCAAACCAAUCAUUGAUGCCUUUGUUACUAAUGGCAACCGCUACAAUCUGCUCCAUUCUGCUGUUCUAGACCUGUUUGAGUUUAUUCGGAAGGAGAAUCUGAAAGUAUUGCUGAAAUACAUAGUUGAUUCGUUUUGGGAUCAGCUGAUGAAAUUUGAGUAUUUGGCUUCAAUUCACUCACUAAAAGUAAAAUAUGAGCAGUGUUUGGAUAAUGGUGGGAUAAAAGAUGCCGCUACUGUUGUGGACCUUCGAAGACGAAAUGAUGAGCGUGCUCUGGAGAGAGAAGAAGAACGGUACUUUAAUGAGGACAGUGAUGACGACGAUGUUGCAUCUGCAUCUGUUCCGCGUAAUCAAAAAGGACACCAGCAACCUAAUCUAUCCAACGGAGUAGCUGCAAGCUAUUCACAGCUAAGUCCAAGGUCAUUGGUUGACUACGAGGAUGAUGAGGACGAUGAAGAUUACAAGCCACCACCAAGGAAGCAGUCAGAAACUUCCGAGGAAGAUGAUGGCGUAAUGGAGUCUCUCAGGCUGAAGAGGAAAUUACCUUCAAAAGAUAAGGAGCCUGAACUUGUUAAGAAACAGAAGUUAUCAAAGAAUCCUAAAUCUAAAGAUAAUGUUUUUGCUGCCUUGUGUUCAACAUUGAGCCAAGCUGUGCUACCUAGUAGUAAGAAAACAUCGAUCAACAUUCAGACAAGUGCUCGAACAGUUGAGGGGAGGAUGGGCUCAAGUGAAAAUAAUCAGGGAGAUGUACAAAGUAUUUCUAGAAGCAGCUCCGAUGAUAGCCACAUUGCAUUGGAAGACAAUCACAUUGAGAAAGAGGCUGAAGACUCUAGAAGCUUUUCUGAUUGCUUGCAUGCAAAAUCAGAGAACAUACAAUUGGGUGGAGAGGAACGUCCAUUGGUUGCCCCAAAGUCCUCACCGGAGAUGGCUAGCUUUGAGACGAAGGAAAUUUACCAACAAGGGGGUAAAAUUCUGCUUAUGCGUUGCAUCGAGGACGUGGGAAUACUUGGGAAACUGAACGAGAAUUUUUGUUGGGUGUUAAGUGUUAAUGAAGAUGAAGUAGCAGCAGUAGCUUGGAGAAGCAGUGUCCCUUUGAUGAGAUUAGUUGCUUUCACGAAGGGGGACUCUUCCACCUUGGCCACCCUUUUCUUAAUCUCAUUGCCGAGAGUUUCGUCAAAGCUGCUGGAGUACCUAUCUUCUCUUCCAAAACUUAUUGGAGCGGUUCAAGCUGUGUCUCGAUUGGCUGCAGGAAUAUAUUCAGGACUUACAUAUGCGCUGAAGGAGACUCGGGGAGCUAGUGACUGGAAAAAUAGCGCAGUGGCAGGGGCAAUUACUGGGGCAACACUUGCACUUACAUCAGGAUACUCAUCUCACGAACAUGCGUUGUUGUUUCUCAAAUUUGAGGCCAUAUAUGAUAAGAACAUGACUAGUAAGAAGGAAGAGAAAUCUCAGGCUGCAGCUGAAAGAAUCAAGGCUGCGACCCUGAGUGCUGCUAAGGGUCUUAGCCGAGCCCAGGCUGAAAGGGCGGCUGCUGCGGCGGCCCGGAAUGUCAAUGCUUAUGGGCAGAAGGAAGAAGGGCCUAGCAGAUGGCAGGAGAAAAGAGAAGCUAGGAGGCAGAUGUAUUUGAUGAGUACUGAGAAAGCUGUUAAAUUGGGUGAAAGGAAAGACCUUAAGCCUGCAAUGGCGGCUGCUGGUGGAGCGGCACUGUGCCAAAAGUGUUUCCAAAGUGGCCACUGGACAUAUGAAUGCAAGAAUGAACGGGUUUACAAUUCAAGACCUUCACGGACACAGCAACUAAAAAACCCUAAGUUGAGGUUGAAUAACUCAGUGACUUAUGAUUUGGAUGAUAAUGUUGCUCAUAAGGCAAAAACAAGUUCCACACAAACCAAAAGGAAGCAUAGGUCUGACUCUGAUUCUGGAAGUGAUAGCGAGGAUUCAGUUUUUGAGACUGAUAGUGGCAGUGGGUCAUCUUCUGGUACGGGGUCAGAUUAUUCUUCUGAAAGUAGUUCAGGUUACAGCUCAUCUUCUGAUUCAGAGGAAGAACGAAGAAGAAGGAGGAGGAAGAAGAAGCAGAAAAGAGGGAGACGGAAGAGGUACAGUACAUCUUCAGAAUCAUCUGAGUCUGAUUCUGCUUCAGACUCUGAUUCUGAUGAUAAAAGCAGCAGGAAAAAGAAGAGGCAUAAUCGAAGACACUGA